AUGGGGAAGGUGCCAAAGAAGAGGAGCAUGGCCGACAAGGUUCGCAAAACCAAGACCUCUACUGAGAUCAAAAACAACCCCUUUGAAGUGAAGAUCAACAGGAAGAAAUUUGAAAUUUUGGGGCAGAAAUCCAAGCAUGAUGUGGGUCUGCCUGGUGUGUCUCGAUCCAAAGCCAUUAAUAAGAGAAAAGACACCCUCCUGAAGGAAUACAAACAGAAGGGCAAGUCCAGCAAAUUCAUUGACAGACGCUUUGGGGAGUAUGACACCAAUAUGGCACCAGAAGACAAAAUCCUGCAGAGGUUCGCCAUGGAGAGACAGCGUAACCAUGACAAGAAGGAUGUGUACAACCUGAACGAGGAGGAGGAGUUGACCCAUUACGGCCAGUCGCUGGCUGAGAUGGAGAAAUUCAAUGACAACGUGAAUAGUGAUGAUGAAUCAGAAGAGAAAGGUCUUCUGUCAGCCGAGCUGACUGCCUCCCACUUUGGAGGAGGGGGUCUCCUCAGAAGGAAAACAUCAGGGGACCAGGAGGGGGGGGAAGAAGGAGCCCCGAGGGCCAAAUCCAGACAAGAGCUGAUUGAAGAGCUCAUCCAGAAGUCCAAGCAGGAUAAGCGAGACCGACAGGUGCAGAAAGAGGAAUCGCAGGAGCUGACGGAGAAACUGGAUCACGACUGGAAGAACAUCCAGGCUCUGAUGGUGAAGAAGAUUCCCAGAGCGGAACGUGUCGAGGAGGAGAAGCCCAAGUUGGAACAGUAUGACAUGAUGGUCCGAGAGCUCGUGUUCGAGAUGAAGGCUCAGCCCUCAGAGAAGCUGAAGACCCCCGAGGAGGUCGCCCGGGAGGAGAGGGAGAAGCUGCAGAAACUAGAGGCGGACCGUCUGAGGAGGAUGAUGGGAGAUCAGGUCGUGGAGAGUUCACAGAGUCAGACUCACAUGUCAGCUGAUGACCUCAACGACGGCUUCAUCCUGGAUAAGGACGACCAGAAGACCCUUUCUUAUCAGGAUGGAAAAUGGAACAUUGAAGAGGAGAAAGGGGAAGAUAAGGAUGGAAAGGAAGAAGAGGGAGAGGAGGAGGAAUCAGAGGCAGAAGAGGGAGAUGAAGAAGAGGAGGCGGAGGAUGAGGAAGAAGAAGAAGAAGAGGAGGAGGAGGAGGGCAGUAGUGAAGAAGAAGAAGAUGCGCACUCUGACCUUGAGUCCGAGCAAGAAAGCGAGGAUGAGGAGACACAACAGGAGGAAGAGGAGACCAGCGCCCAACCGAGUCUGAGCACAGAAGAGCUGAAGGCCCAGCAGGAGGCCGCGAAGGCAGAGCUCCCGUACACAUUCACUGCUCCAGAGAGCCUUAGCGACCUGAAGGAUCUGCUGCAGGGUCACACCCCCGACAACCAGCGCAUCAUCGUGGCCAGGACUCAGAAAAGCAACCAUGCUAGUCUGGCUGUAGGCAAUAAGCUCAAACUGCAGAAACUGUUAGGCUUCCUGUUGGAGUACGUUGAAGAUCUGGCCACCAGGAGUCCCCCUGAACUCACCACCAUUGAUAAGCUCAUACCAGAGUUGUACACUUUGUGUCAGAUGUUUCCGGAAGCAGCCUGUAAGACCAUGCAGAGCAUCCUGGGAGACGCUGGACACAGCACGGGGGAGGUGCUCGAGGUCAAAGGGCAUCUUCCUUUCCCAACACUAGACAUGAUCGUCUACCUGAAGUUGACAGCCCUUCUGUUUCCUACGUCAGACUUCAGACACCCGGUCACCACUCCUGCGCUGCUGUACAUCAGCCAGGCUCUCACCAAGUGUCCAGUGAGAUCCCUACAGGACGUGACGUCAGGGUUAGUGCUGUGCUGUCUGGCGGUGGAGUACGUCUCCUUUUCAAAGCGCUUCCUGCCUGAGCUCAUCAACUUCCUGGCUGGAACGCUACACCUGGCUGUACAGGACAAGACCUCUCUAGGUUACAUCGUGGUGCCGCCCUUCAGGCCUUCAGGGAAGUGCAGCGAUCUGCUGGUGGUGUCAGACUCUGAGUCCUGCAAGAGCUGGAGCCAGAAGAGCCUUCCACUGUCUGCGGCCCAACACCUGGAGCUGAAAAAUAACCUGGACAAAGACCACCACAGGUUGACGUGUCUGUCUACCUGCCUGGACCUGGUAAAGCGCUGCUGCCUGCUCUACAAAGACCUCAUGUCUUUCUCACACAUCUUCCAGCCAAUCAGAACGCUGCUUUCCAAACAUCUUUCAGCCCAAGCGUUACCAGAUCCUUUGAAGGAGCUCCACAGUGAGAUCCUGGAGAUCAUCAGCGGUGUUCCUGCGGCCCACAGUCGGCUGGUUUUAGAGAAGAGGAAGCCCAUUCCUCUGAAGCUGCUCACACCCAAGAUUGUUGAAAUAUUGGACUAUGGAAAGAAGCGUGGAAGCAACAGAGAGGAGAGGGAGAGGGAGCGACUGAAGCACAAGUACAAGAAGGAGUUCAAGGGCGCUCUGAGGGAGAUCAGGAAGGACACGCGCUUCCUGGCCAGAGAGAAGCUCAACGAGGUCAUGGACAGAGAUUCGGAGAGAAAGAAGAAGGUGAGGGAGCUCUUCGGAAGCUUAGCCACUCAGGAGGGAGAGUGGAAGGCCCUGAAGAGGAGGAAGAACAAGUGAAAGUCUUCAUCGCUUCUCUCCAUCACCUGUUUCCCGUCAUAUGGACAUCCAACAGCCUGUACAAGGUUGAAUUUGGUGGAACUGGGAACUGUUUUGUGCUUAAAAGAUUCAUUUUUAAUCACAAGAGGAUACAUUUACCUUCUUUAUUGCAACAUGCAUUUUAGAUUGUCAAAUCGCUGUCAGAAAUGCAAAGAGUUGUCAAAUAUUAUGUGACGAUCGGGAUACUGUUGUUGGACGUGUCAGUCAACACAACAGAGAUUACUGGGUUUCCUUAUUCCUUUAUUCUCCUCAGAAACCAUCCCUAUUAUGUGCUUGAAUACAGAACAAAUAAAUGACUGUUCUUUUCCAUCAA